AAUAAUGUUAUUCGAGAAUAAAAAAAAAACAUACGUUUAUAUAUAUAUUCUUAAAAAGUUCUCAAGUGCAGCCAGUUCUUGUCCAUCUCUGGUCAUUUUCUCUGGUUUUAAACUUCUAAAACUAUUUUCUUGCUGUAGUAGUAAAGUUCCACUCUUAGUUGUAAAUAAAAACCAUUUAGAUUACACGUUAUGUUUGAAACAGAAGCAAAAACGGAGUUAACGCUCUCUGGAAAGUUUCCAGCUGGAGGCGGAACUCAAGAGCCAGUCACUGUUCCUGGUCGGACGCGGUUGAACGAACAUCCGGCGGAAAUACAUAAUAUUGCGUUCGCAGCGUUGGCCUCUGUCCAUCGCGUCUUUUGCUGCUUGAACUGAAUCUAUCAGUGUACUGGACUGUUGGCAAACAAGUGGAGAACCGAACCCGGAACACGGUCCGGAAGAACAAGGUGGUUUAAUUGCGGGCGGUUCCGAUGAGCGAAUGAAACCGAGAGGGGGAAGCAGAAGGAUCCUGUUGACAAGAAGAACUUCCUGUGUCUGAACAUCAACUUCCUGUGUUUUAAAAUGAUCUAAGAAGGAAAAAAAUCACAUCUCAGCUCUGCCACUUACAGUGGAGGAAGAGAGACUCUACUGUUGACCCAAAGAUCCCAGAUGACCGGAGAUGAAUAAGGAACAGGAGGAACCAGAACCACAGCAGAUGAGGGAGACCAAGAAGGAACCAGAAACUCAACUCAGUGAGGAAGAAGAGGAUGAAGGGUUGCUUGUAGUGAAGCAGGAGAACAGCAGUUCUGUGAUGAGCCCUGGCGGCCUGGGAAUAGUCCAUAUGGAUCCAGAACCGGAGCAGACGAUGGAGAUGAAGGAGGAGCUGGAGGACAUCUGCUGCUAUCAGCAGGUUGUAGUGAAGGAGGAGACCGAAACCUUCAUGAUACCAGUCCAUGACACCAUGCACCCAGAACCAAACCAGAACCACUUCUCUCCUGAAGCCCAAAACGCAUUCAGAUCCCAGACAGACCAGAACCCUCCUGACAGGUGUUGGACGUCCAGGAGUCAUGAGGACAACUCAAAGUCCAUGAGACGUAAGACAGAUGUGUCUUGUGAUGUGUGUGGUAAAAGUUUCAGGCAGCACAGGUACUUGAUUGCUCACCUGAGGACUCACACAGGUGAGAAGCCUUUUUCAUGUCAGUCUUGUGAGAAAAGUUUCCUCAGGCAGCCGGACCUGACUCUGCACAUGAAAACCCAUACCGGCGAGAAGCCCUUCCAAUGUCCGGUGUGCGGCAAAGGUUUCAUCCAGAAAACCACGUUAAGUUACCACAUGAGAACGCACACAGGAGAGAAGCCGCACAGCUGUGAGUUUUGUGGUAAAUCCUUUAUACAGAGGAGUGAUUUGACUUGCCACCUUAGGACUCACACAGGUGAGAAACCAUAUCAGUGUGAGGUGUGUCAGAAAUCUUUUGGACACAGCAGUGACUUCACUCGCCACAGGAGGACUCACGUGGCUGAGAAACCUUUCUCAUGUGUGACCUGUGGGAGAGCCUUUAACAAGCAAUCUAAGCUGAGUCGUCACCUGAGAGUUCACGCGGGCAGUAAGACGUAUUCCUGUGAGUCGUGUGAUAAGUCUUUCAGGCGGAGAUGUGACUUUGUGCGUCACCUGAGGACUCACACAGGAGAGAAACCCUUUAAUUGUGAAUUGUGUGACAAAUCUUUCAGACAAAAUGGUGACCUGACACGUCACAUGAGAACUCACACAGGUGAGAAGCCGUCUUCGUGUUCAGUGUGUGGUAAAAGCUUCAGCGAGUACAGCAGCAUGCUCAGACAUAUGAGGACUCACACUGGCGAGAAACCGUACAUCUGCAAAGUGUGUGGGAAGCUUUUCCGCUUCGGCGGGCAUUUAACCGUUCACUUGAGAACCCACACAGGUGAGAAGCCGUGUUGCUGUAACGUGUGUGGUAAAUCAUUCAGUGACUGCAGCAGCAUGUCCAGACACAUGAGGACUCACACUGGGGAGAAGUCGUACGCUUGUGAAGUGUGUGAUAAGUCUUUCAGGCAGAGGAACGAUUUGACCCGCCAUCAUAGGACUCACACAGGAGAGAAACCUUUCCAGUGUCUGGCUUGUGGUAAAGGUUUUGUCCAGAAAACAACCCUGAGGUAUCACAUGAUGACUCACACCGGAGAGAAACCUUAUCCCUGUCAGCUAUGCAGCAAAUCCUUCAGACAAAGAAACGAUCUGACCCGUCACCUUAGAACCCACACAGGAGAGAAACCGUAUCGCUGUGCAUUAUGUGACAAGCCUUUCAGACAGAGUAAUGACUUGGCUCGUCACAUGAAGACUCACACAGGUGAGGAUCUAAGCUGUGUGGUUGAUCAGUUAGAUUAAGGUGGACUGAUUGUGAAGAACUGAACCUAGAGAUGAUCUGGAAACUUCAAGAUAAAGACUUUAUUAUUAUUAACAGCUGAAAGUCAGUCCAGUGUAGAAAAUACUAAGAACAUGGCGCUGCCUUGUUCAGUUAGUAGAACGCAGAAGCUGCAAUCGUUAGCAUAGUUGUCGUAGGUUCAAUUCCCGGUCUCUGUGUCUUCUCUCUCCUCUCUGUUUCUUGUCCGUCAACUGUUUAGUAAAGGCAUUAGGGUCAAAAUAUCUGUUAAAGAAUUGAAUUUAAGAACUUUCUCUUUCCACAACUGUCCUGAGGCCAUUUAUAAUUAUUAAGCUGUUAUAUUUAGAUGCUAGAUUAAUUUUUCUCCUGCCAGAUGCUGAAGGGAGAUGACUUUGUUCACAUCUGGGCUGUAAACAAGAGGUUUAAAAUCAUUACCAUCUUUUAUAAAACACCUUUAACAUCUGGAAGCUGUGGCUCAGGAGUUCAGAGAUGAGUCUGAUCCACUUCAUGUCUCAGUUUCUACCUGGUUAAGGUCAGGAAACCAGAGUGACCAGCAGCCUGUCUGGCCACUUUACUGGGCGGAGCUCCUGAGGUUCAGGCUCUUACAUUUGAUGUGUCUUCACUUUAUUAAUCCAUGAAUUAAAUAAGUGAUUAUUAACAGAUAAUCGUCUGAUG